AUGGAGUGCACUAUGGAAGGGACUAAUAAUUUUGAUUGUUGCUUCGAAGAGGAAGUGAAUGUUGAAAACGCAAUUAUGCAGAAUGGAGUUUCUUUUAUAGUCAACUAUAUUGGAUGUGUUGAAAUUUUUACAUCAAUGAAAUUACUUGAUUUCCAGUCACGCUCCCUAGUAGCUAAGGAAUGCAUUAAUCGUGUUUGUGAUGCAGCCAAUUUAAAUUCACCAAAAAAACGAAGAGUUGAAAAAAGAGUUCAACAAUGUAUAAGCACAGUUCCUUGUAUGGAACAUUCUGGAACUAGUGUUGUUCUUAAUAUAUCAAGUCAAUCUCUUCAGUUGACAUCCGUGGCAAAAAAUGAAAUUGUGGCUCCCCAUGAGAUGCCAAAUAUUUCAUUCGCAUCAACUGAUAGUGAAUCUUCAAUAUAUGUUGCUUAUGUUGCAAAAGAUGGAAUGGAAUGGAGAGCCUGUUAUGUUCUUGAAUGUGGUGUCGACAAGGCACAGACUGUUAUUUCAACAAUGGGUCAAGCAUUUGAAUUACGCUAUAAAAAUUUCUGCAUUGAUGAUCCUGACAAAAAACAAACAUUGAGAAGCAGAAAAGAUAAUAAGAUUUUUAAUUCUAAAACUGUGAAAAGUGACACAGAAUAUUACAACGAUUUGCCUGGAAAAAUGCCUCCAGAAUUUAGAAAAGCUACGAAUAGUUCUUUCGAUACACAACGUGAGCGACUAUCAAGUAACUUAAUUGAUUUAAACACGUCCAUAGAUCAGCAAGACAUUUGCAUGAAUGAAUCAAAAAAUCUAUCUGAAAAUAGUGCCUGUGGUGGAAGUUGCAAUAGUAGCAGCAUAAACAAUACAGCAUUAAUGGGUUCGGAAGUUCUCAGAGACGUCUUUGACAUGCAGUGCUUCUCUCUGUCACCUGAAGUUCAACAUUCUCAAUUGUUGCUUGAGAAUUGGUUUCAUGGUAAUAUUUCUCGAGCCAUUUCUGAAUCACUUUUGCGCAAUGACGGAGAUUUUCUAGUAAGAGAUUCGCAAGGAAGUGCUGGUGUUGUGAGAACAAAGGAUCGAGUUUUCGAGAACAUUACGCAUUUGAUAAAUUAUCACUGGAGCAAUCGGUUGCCCAUAAUAUCAGCUGAUUCUGCUCUUUUAUUACAAACACCUGUUAUCCGAACUAAAGAUCUAAGGAAAUGAGCCAUUUUGUAGCACUUCAUACAUAAAUACACUUCUUUAGUAUUAGGCAUAUAUCUAAAAUGAAUUUAUUCAUUUUAAAAGUUAUGUGUAUGUUACGUUUACUAAAAUUUUCCCUCAAAAGAUUUUUUUUUAAUUCAGAGAAGAAAGAAUUCUAUUGUGAAAAAAAUGAUCUAGGAAAGUAUUAUUGUUAAGUGUCUAAAUGACGUGAUAAAUACGAAAUAAAUUUGAUGAAACAACUUGUUAUGGAAAGUAUCAAAUGAAAAAAAAAAUCCAAUUUUAUGCUCAUAGAUAUCUAAAUAAAAAACCAACUAUUUCAUUAUU